UGUAUAUCUCCAGUGUUGCCUUGCUGUUUUCGUUAGAAAGCUGUUUUUUGAAAUCAGUCCAUGGGUCGAGUUGGAACCAGAGUAUAUUUGUUUGUAAAUAAAAUCAAAGUUUAACUGUGAUUACGAAAACUGUGGUUUCAAAUUUAUGUGAAUUAGGGUUAUAAACAUAGGACUUUUACGAAUAACGUGUCCAUUUUUGAGAUAUGAGCAGAGACAACUUACAUAUGAGCUGCAAACAGAAACGUAUAUUUAUAAGUGAUUUGCCAGAAGGGGUAACAGUGGCAGAACUUCAAAAGAAGUUUAGUAAAUAUGGCAGGGUUUCUUCGGCUGAAAUUAAAACCAGAAAAGAAAUAACUCUUCAAAAUAAAUCUUUAAAAUUUGCUUAUGUAACGGUUGAUACAGAUGACAAAACUUUACAAAAAUGUUUUAGAGAUUUUGCAACCACACACUGGCAUAAUGAAUACUUAAAUCUUAAAAUUGCAAAAGAAAAUUUUUUGGAAAAACUGAAGAACGAGAAAGAACAAGAAAAAAAAAAUCUUUUAAAAGAAACAAUGAGAAAGGACGUCUAUGAGGAUAGCAAAUAUCAAGAUGUCGUACAUAAGUCAUUUUUAGAAAUCAAAAUGGAAACCGGGGAAAAUUUGAAACCUGCGAAAAGUCAAACCAAUGACAAUUUAAAAAGAUUGCAAUCUUUAAAAAAUAUGAGAAGGGAGUAUCAAACAGGAAAAGCUCUUAUUUCCAAAGCGUUAUCAAGUAUAGACUCUGUAUCCAAUAACAAAAUUAUUUUUGAUGAAAUGCUGAAUGAGAAGCCGAAAAACACUAGCUAUAAAAUCAGUCUUUUUAGUGGAAAUUCUGAUAGUGACGAUGACCUUAAUGCUAAUUUCGAAGUUAAUGAAAAGUUUGAAGGACAACAAGGUCAAAAGUUGCUACGACUAGGAGCAAAAUAUAAACAUGAUGGAAGAUUUCGUUUAAAUGAAAGAUUUUUAGAGAAUGAAGAUGAUGUAAUGGUCAAAGAUUCUUCUGAGUCAUUCCAUAAUGAAAAAGAGAAGGAAGCCAAAAUAUUAGAGGAAGUUUUAGGUAAAAAAAUUAAAGAAACAAAGUUAGAUAAAAAUGUUAAAAUAAAUGGGAUGUAUAGAUUUGAUCCAUCUAAUCCAGCAUAUUUUGAUUUAGAGAGGGCUACCCAAAAACUCAAGGAAAAUUUGGUAUACCCAAAUGUUACUAACCGGGAUGAAAAUAUACCAAAACCAGAAGUAGCUAAAGAGGUUUUUUAUAAAGUAACUGAUAACUUGAAGGGGGUGUUUGACAACAAGCAAAAUUUUAAUUUCUUGAGUACUUUAGAAGAAUCUGAAACAGCAAAUAUAGAUGCAACUGAUGAAAGAAGACGAAACAAAAUUCAAAAUAAUUCGAAAACAGAAAACCCUUUUAAAUAUGAUUCUUCUGAUGAUGAUAUGGAGGAUAUUCCCCACAAAUCUGAAUUAAUAGGCACCAACAAACAAAUUCAAUUGCCUCCUCAAGUAGAAUCAACACAGCGGUCUGUUUUUUGGACAGAGCCUUUCUUCUUUAAAAGUGAUGAUCAUCGAUUACAAGAUGGUAUCGAUUUUAUAGAGAAAAUUAAAGGAGAACAGAAAGUAUUCUCUAAGAUUCGACAAGAGUUGAAAAGUAUUGUGAGAACAAAAAUCAGAAAUAAUGAGAAAAAAUCAAAAAUGUUUAAAAAGAAAUUAGGAUCGAGCCAAAAGAAAAAACAUAUCAGAAUUAAAAAAGCUUUGAAAAGAUAGCAAAACAUAGUAUAUGUAAAAACUUUUAAAACUAAUCAAAAAUGUCUAGUUUAUAGUAUAUUAAAAAAAUUUAAUUAUAUAUAGGUAAAUAGUGAAUUUAAAUAAUAUGUGUUAAAAAUAGGCAAACCUGUACAGUUGAGUACUUUUAACCCCAUAUAUGAAUGUACUUUUUUUUUAAAGGUUGUGUGAAAAUAAACUAGCUUUUAUCUGUUGCUUGGUUGCUUU